GCCAGCACAGCACAGGGGCUGAUCAUCACUGCCCUUCCCAAUACAGGCAGCCAGCACAGCACAGGGGCUGAUCAUCACUGCCCUCCCCAAGACAGGCAGCCAGCACAGCACAGGGGCUGAUCAUCACUGCCCUUCCCAAAACACACAGCCAGCACAGGAACUGAAACUCACUGCCCAGCACACGCAGGCAGCACAGCACAGGAACUCAUUAUUCCCUUUCUCAAAAGACAUCAUCAGCACUUCUAAAGGAUCCCCAGCCUGGGAACAGCAUGGAUCCCUCCUGCCAGGACUCUCUGUAUCCCAAACUGCAGGAUGAGUGUGAGCUGAAGCCGGAGGGGGAACAGAGCAUGGGGUCAGCAGGAGAGGAUCUGCAGCAGUUCCAUGGCCGGGAGAGAAGUCCCGCAGUAUUUACUGAAGGUGAUUUUCUAAGUCCAGAAAAUGGAGACACCCCUGACUAUUUCUUCCUCACCAGCCAGCCCUCCCCUCCUCUCACUCUCAACUACUCUGGGAGCUUCUUCAUUGAGACUACACCCCAAAGCCAGCAUGACCAAGAAACCCUUUUUAACAUAAUGUCUGGAAUUCUGGGCUUGUCCCCUUUCUCUGCUCCACAGAGCUCCAGUAGACAAGAGUCACUGUAUUCUGUUUCCGAGGCCAUCCAGAACCAUAUGGACCUUUACUCUAGCUCUCAGCCCAAUCUGGACAUCUCUGUCCAGCAGCCCUUCCCCAACCAGUUGUACUCUGCUUUUAGCAGCACUGAAGACAUCCACCAGGUCCCAAGCUCUCCUAAUCUGGGCAGCUUCUCUUCUUCUCAGUGCUUUUUUGAUUCCAAAGUGAUUGCAAGUAAGAACGAAAUGGACAUUUCUCCAAUCUCACCCUCCCUGGAUUCAUUUACUUCUUCGUGUCCACAGUGGGAGACCCAAGCUCCUCAGAACUUUACGCAGGCUUCAUAUCAUUCGGGUGAUUUACUGCAUUCUGAAAGCUCACUCUCAAUAUUCCAUCCCCUGGAGUCUAAAGUAGAGAGUGUCCUGUCUGCCUGCUGCCAGCACCUGGGUGACAUGGCAGAAGAUGCCACCCUUUACAGCUCUAUGGACUUCACCUGCCAAUCAGACACCUAUCCAACACCCCCAUGCAAUUUUAACGAUUCCAAGGUUGACUUGAAACCUCAAGUGUUGCCAGAACUGAAAUUCCAGUUGAGCCACCAAGUUGCAAUGCCAGAACUAAUGAGCCAGGGGGACAUAAGCCAACACCAAACAGCUCCACUCAUCUCCACAGACUUUCUAGGCCAUUCACCAACUGCAGACAUCAUGCUCCCAGCUGCUGGAGGCAUCUCUCUAGAGGAGCCAAGAAAGAGAUACAGGAGAAAUAAAUUUCCAGCCAAGUGCUUUCGCCCCAAACCUCAUGAGAAAGCCUUUGCUUGUCCCGUGGAGACCUGCAUCCGCAGCUUUGCUAGGUCAGAUGAACUCAAUCGACACCUCAGGAUCCACACUGGACACAAACCCUUCCAGUGUAGGAUCUGUCUGCGGAACUUCAGCCGGAGUGACCACCUUACCACCCAUAUCCGGACUCACACUGGCGAGAAGCCCUUUUCAUGUGACCUUUGCGGGAGGAGGUUUGCUAGAAGUGAUGAAAAAAAACGACACGGUAAGGUUCAUAUAAAGCAGAAGGCCAGGACUGAGGAGAAACUCAAGGGUCUUGGCUUUUACACCAUGGGUUUGUCCUUCGGCACAUUAUAAAGCAUCCAAACUAACAUUUAAGCUUGGUACUCUUUUUUUCCUUG